GGCAGGCGUGGGGAGAGGCGGCGGCGGCGGCGGCGGUGGCGUCUCGGGUCCGGCUCCCGACCCAAGUUCCCUGUUCUACUCGCUGGUCAUCAAGCGGCAGGCCAGCAGGGCUGCGUCAGAUCCCUUUGGCUGAGCAUCUUCUCUCUUCCUCUCGGGCCGGCACAGCUUUCUCCAGCCCUGCAGACGUCCAGUGAUCUUUCCACUUUAUUGCUCGGGGGAUAGACGCAGGGUCUAAGACCCCUCCCUGAGAUCCCUGAAUUUUAAGGUUUCCUGGAAUGGGCAAUCUUCUUAAGGUCCUAACCAGGGAAAUCGAAAACUACCCACAUUUUUUCCUGGAUUUUGAAAAUGCUCAGCCCACGGAGGGCGAGAGGGAAAUCUGGAACCAGGUCAGUGCCGUCCUCCAGGACUCGGAGAGCAUUCUCACAGACCUGCAGGCUUACAAAGGCGCUGGCCAGGAGAUCCGUGAUGCAAUCCAAAAUCCCAACGACAUCCAGCUGCAAGAAAAGGCUUGGAAUGCAGUGUGUCCACUUGUCGUCCGGCUGAAGAGGUUCUAUGAAUUUUCCAUCCGGCUCGAGAAAGCUCUGCAGAAUCUUCUGGAAUGCCUGACGUGCCCACCCUACACCCCCACCCAGCACCUGGAGAGAGAACAGGCUCUGGCCAAGGAGUUUGCCGAGAUCCUGCACUUCACCCUACGCUUUGAUGAACUGAAGAUGAGAAACCCUGCGAUACAGAACGACUUCAGCUACUACAGGAGGACGAUAAGCCGCAAUCGGAUCAACAAUAUGCACCUAGACAUCGAAAAUGAAGUCAACAAUGAGAUGGCCAACCGAAUGUCCCUCUUCUAUGCAGAAGCCACCCCAAUGCUGAAGACCCUCAGCAAUGCCACAACAUACUUUGUGUCCGAGAACAAAACCCUGCCCAUUGAAAACACAACAGACUGCCUUAGCACGAUGAUAAGUGUGUGUAAAGUCAUGCUGGAGACCCCAGAGUACCGAAGUAGAUUCACCAGUGAAGAAACUCUACUCUUCUGUAUGCGAGUGAUGGUUGGCGUCAUCAUCCUCUAUGACCACGUGCACCCGGUGGGGGCUUUCUGUAAGACGUCCAAGAUUGAUAUGAAAGGCUGUAUCAAAGUGCUGAAGGAGCAACCCCCAGACAGUGUGGAAGGCCUCUUGAAUGCCCUCAGGUUCACUACAAAGCACCUGAAUGAUGAGUCCACCUCCAAACAGAUCCGAGCCAUGCUCCAGUAGAGGCCUCUCUGCACUGAGGAUCCCGCCGGGGCCCUGACCUCAGAAGAUGUAUAUGUUUACAUAAUUUAAUACAGAUUUAUGUUAAUACUUGUGUAUUUACAUAACCAUUUCCUUCCUGUCAUUGAGAUGUAUGGCCCUUCGGUCCUAACCUGACUGAUUCUCGCAACCCGUAGUGAGACAUAAAUUUCCUCCCCAGCCCUCCCCUUGACCUUCAGACAGACAAGCCCCACGGCCCCACAGGCCUGGGAGAAGUGAGGCUUUGUGCUUUCCGUUCCCUGGACCCUCAGCUGUCUGAAGUCCCUCCCUCUCCGUGGUAGCCUUUCCUUCCUCGUUGCCCUGUCUUUGGGAGAGACGUAGAGUUGUGGAAGCUCAGCUAGGCCUCGUUCCUGUCUCAGCUGGGCUUAAAGCAAGGCAGAUGUUCUCCUGAGACAGGAACUACAUUUACCAUAAACACUUUUUUAAAAAUUAAAAUAAAAAUAAGAAGUUACGUGUGGA